AUGGCCGACCUCAAAGACGACCUGACCGAGAAAGCUCACUUUGACCCUAAUUGGAUCCAAUGGAACGGGGGGAGUCUACACUCAAAUAACGUGCUCUUUUAUUUUGCCACGUCUCCUUUCUUUGAUCAUGUCUCGGGCAACCAGUCGCUCUUCACACAGUGGGCCGGCACGCCAAACCAGAAUGACAUCCUGGGCACGAGGGCCAAGUUCGAAGCCAAUCUACGCCACCAGCGCGGUAUCCAGUACGUCGUCGAGCACGAUCCUUUAGAGGAGCAAGUCGUCCUUGACGGACCAAAUGGGCCCGAGAAGUCCAAUGUCUGGGUGAUUCGCAAGCAGAACCGUGAAACCGAGCGAGACGACAGCAUUACGGUGUUGGGCUACUACUACAUUGUCAAUAACGUAAUUUAUCAGGCUCCUUCGGUUGCCAGCGUCCUAAACUAUCGUCUGCUGAACACGGUUUCCGCACUCAACAAAGUCUUUACGGCUCCAGCGGACUUGUCCUUCUUUUCCGUUUCUCAUGGCCACACUUACCAUAAGCCUGUCCAAGAGUCGGCAACUCAAAACAUUCUGAGUGCCUCACAGCAGGGUAAUGAACCAGCACCACCACCAACACCGGGACCUCAACCUUCUACUACCGAGAAAGCCGUCAACACUUCUCAAGCUCAGGAGGAAACCAAUGGCGGGACUCGGACGGCUUGGGAUGCACUUCGAAUGACAUUGCAAUACGGAAAGGAGUAUGUGGAUGAUAUGCCCUUGGUGGGCGAGCCCGGCAACUUCCGCUUCUCUAAGAGCAAGGACGCAAGUGUGACGGCCAGCCAGACCAAAGGUCAAUCCCAGACGUCUCCUACCGGGACCCCGGGUCAAUCCCGAGCAACUUCUGUUGUGCCUCCGACAUCAAGCAAUCCGCCUGCAGCUGGCAAAGGCUCUAAGCUGCUAGAGAAAACGGCGCCACUACCUGAGGGAGCAGCAAAGGCGAAACGGAGAAAGAGCAAACCAGGUGUACCAAGCCCAUGA